CUAAAUAUGUGCCAUGCAAGCGCAUCGCCCAGAAGUCACUGGCGUACAUGUGCGUGCAGUUCUGAUAAAUGCAAUGAAAAAGGCAUUGAGGAUUUGCUGGCAAAGUAUUUCGAAGGCGAACGCGAAGAGACAACCACCUAUGGGCUUGAAAACGUCGAAAAAGAUUUUUUAAUUAUAUGGGAGGGAUAA